AUGCAGUCGAAGGGAAAGGGUGGAGAUCCUCCCCCGACGCCUCACAGCCGACUAGAAAGAGACAAACCAAUGAAGGAGAGGGCGGAGAUACUCCCCCCAACAGCCAAGGCAAAGAGUGGAGAUGCUCCCUCUGCCGGCUCUGGCACUACAAAAGAGCCCUCCAGGGGGGCACAAGAGGACCAGAGGUUUCAGGAAGCGGUCAUUCACCUGGCUGAAGUUGGCUUUACUCCUUUUCCUUCCUUGCAGGCAGGAUGCGAUGGAUCUAUCAAAGAUCUUAACGAGCACCGUGUUUCAGUGGCUGUAACAAAAAGCCUCAAAGAGGGCCUUACUCAGAUGGCGAAGAAACCGGUCGCCACUGCAGAGUCGCUCCUUGCGACAUUCCUAGCGAGCAGACCUGGCUUCAGCAACGAGAACUUGCUCUUCCUCCUGAGUAGCCCUACAGCAGAGGCAAAUCAGUGGUUUCGCUUCGUGUACAGACAAGGCUCCGAACGACCUCAGCUCGAGCCACACGGAGCGAGCCUACCAUGGCCCUCACAUAAAGAGUCUACCUUCACCGCACCCCCAAUCGCCACCUUGCCGAGGGGUACGCACCCACCCUUGACACGAUACGGCCCGAAGCACGUCUUCCUGCCAGCGAUGGUCGAGGUGACGACUGACCCAGCAGGCUCUCUGAAAAAGGGGAAGCAGACCAACCAGCUCAACUUCGGACUUGACUCGGUUCGGUUUGACGCUCUCCUGCUUCAGAUCGUCACCAAAGGGGACCUGGUGCUCGGCGACUACGUGCGGGAGUGGGCAGGAGCCGAGUGGAGCAACUCCCUCAUCAGUGCAGCCGGAAGCAGCCUCCGGCUGCGGGCUCAGGAGCAUCAGAAAAGCGAGGAGGACAUCAUCCGAGCCCGGAUGUCUAGGACCAAUGAGAAAAGCCGAUACGAACUCGGCCGCAGCUCGGCUGCGAUGCUAGAGGAGAUGUCGGAGGAGAAGCUCCCCGACGAGAUCCUGAAUGGCACGCACUGGAAUAAAGUUCUGAUUAUCCCAGAUGAUGUCCCUCCGGAUUCGAUCCUCUACUUUCAGAGUAACUCCCCGAAGUCGACUUUUCUCCAGGACCAGAAGGAGUUGCUCCCCUGA